GUCGGCUCCGGCGGACGGGAACAUGCCCUGGCCUGGCGUCUGAGUAGAUCUCCGCAGGUUACCGCCAUAUUUGCGGCGCGCGGCAAUGCCGGAACCGCCACGUUGGGACAAAACCUGCCCAUUGACGACACCGAUGUCGACGGCCUGGUCGCGGCGUCCAUCGGCAACGGCAUUGAUCUUGCCGUAAUCGGCCCGGAAACACCGCUGGCGCUGGGACUGGCCGACCGUCUGCAAGAAACCUCCAUUCCUGCAUUCGGGCCCAGCCAGGCGGCCUCACAACUGGAAGCAAGCAAGAGUUUCGCCCGCGAGGUGAUGACCGCGGCCCAUGUGCCGGGUCCAAACUUCCGCGUCUUCCAAACCACGGGAGGCGCUCUGGACUACGUAGCAACCCACGACCGUCCGGUAGUUGUGAAAGCGGAUGGGCUGGCCGCCGGCAAGGGCGUUGCGAUGUGUCCAGACCGGGAAACCGCCCGGGCGGCGAUUCGCGCCUGCCUGGAAGACCGGGUGUUUGGAGAUUCCGGCGAUACCAUCGUCAUCGAAGAUUGGCUGCACGGGGCAGAAGUGAGCGUGUUCGGUUUCACCGACGGCCAUGAGCUGUCUCCGGUCGUUGCCGCCACGGACUACAAGCGCAUCGGCGAGGGCGGUUCGGGAGCCAACACCGGAGGCAUGGGGAGUUUCGGACCACCCUCAUAUUGGAACGACGAUCUGGCAGCACAGAUUCGCGACGGUUUCAUGCUGCCGGUUCUGCGUGAGAUGAACGACCGCGGCGCACCCUACCGUGGGGCGCUGUAUUGCGGGUUGAUGCUGACCAGCGCCGGACCCCGCGUCCUGGAAUUCAAUUGCCGUUUCGGUGACCCGGAGACCCAGGUAAUCAUGCCCCGCCUGCUCACGGAUCCCGCCGAAAUAAUGAUGUCCUGCGCCGUUGGGGAUUUGAGCGCCGCUCCUCCCGUGCAAUGGUCCGACCAGCCCGCUGUGGGCGUCGUGAUGGUCCCUGGAGGCUAUCCGGGACCCUACCAAACCGGCGUGCCGAUUUCCGGGCUGGAGCGCCCAGACAGCGAUGACUCAAUCGUCUUUCACGCCGGUACGCAAACUGCCGACGACGGCAGCGGAGCCGUGCUUACCGCGGGCGGGCGUGUGCUGGCCUGCGUGGGUCUCGGUGACAGCCUGGCCGACGCUCGAACCAAAGCUUACGCAAGGAUUUCAUCCAUCAGCUUUGAAGGCGCCUACUACCGCCGAGACAUUGCGGCGGAUCCAUCCGGCCAGCUGGUGGGCACUUAG